AUGUCGUUUAACAAUUAUAAUUUAUUAUGAGUUUUGAUUCUAAUAAUCAAGUAUUUGAUGUAUUCUUGCUGUAGAUAUCUAUUUUCCUAUAUUAUCACUCUUUUUGAGGACUCUCUCUUAUGCAAUUGUAUUAAUGAUUUAUUUUUUAUUAGGGUUUUUUCCUGGAAAAAACCAGGAAAAACACACAGUUGGGUUUUUUUCCUAUAUGGUUUGCAAAUUUUUCAAAAAUUACCGUUGGGGGUUUUCCUGGAAAAUUCCAGGAAUUCUACUUUUCAGUCAUUUUCAUCAGAAAAAAAAAGGACAGGAAAAAACCCCCUAGGGGUUUUUUCCUGUCAUCCCUUCUAA